CAAGGCUCCCCAAAUGAACACUGAAAGAAAAAAAAACAUUGCUUGCCAAAAUGAACAAGAUUGGUUUUUUUUCCCUCCGAAUAUCAACCCUUUGACUUUCACGGGUCACUACGGCAAAUGUGGGAGACCUGCUAUUUUGACUUUUAAAUUUGAAUUGUUAACCCAAAUGCGACAUUGUGCAAGCAAAAGCUUCUGUUUUGCUUGACGCUGGGUCUUUAAAUGGCUCCUUGAACCCUCGGGCACCCAGUUAAUAAAACACCCACGUCAGCACAGCGCUCCAGUCUCUCUCGCCGGGUUUCGGUCUUUAGGGCUGAGCAGGAAGUGGCUGACUGUGGACCCUGAUCGAGAGAAAAAGGCCUAAGAAAAGCCUGUAGGGAAGCCAAAAAAUGGAUCUUGUGACCGACGAGGGGGAAAACAAGCUCUAUCGGGCGUCGGGUGAAUCCAACCACCAACAACCUCAGAGAUGGUUCAACGCGGCCGACAUCACGGUGGCUCACCAAACCAACCUGCUAAAGCAGCUCAACCAACAGAGACGUCAAGAGCUCUUUUGUGACUUCAGUGUGCUGGUAGAGGGCCACCUCUUCAGGGCCCACCGCAACGUCCUGUGCGCCAGCAGCGGCUACUUCCGCAUGCUCUUGACCCAGGGCCUCGAUGGCAUGUCGGAGUCUGCUAAUGCCACCUUUGACUCUUUCAGCCCCGAGAUCUUCACAGUCAUCCUGGAUUUCAUCUAUUCGGGUCAGCUGGACCUCUCCGGUCAAAAUGUGAUUGAGGUGAUGUCUGCAGCUAGUUACCUGCAGAUGAACAAUGUUAUCAACUACUGUAAGAAUUUCAUCAAAUCCUCUUUGGACAUUAGCGUGAAAGAUGAAGACAGCGAUCGUUGUCACAGCUUGUCAGAGACCUGCAGCUUUACCAGUGGGGUUGGUGAGGAGACUUUAGAGCAGCAGCCGCAACAGCAGCAGCAGCAGCAACAACAACAGCAGCAGCAGCCUCCAGAACCACGUUCUGACAGUCCACCACCUGCACUUUGGACCAGGGACAGCUCCAGAUCCCAGUCAAGCUACAUGGGCAAAGAUUUGGAGCAGGACAUUUCAGGUUCUGCCUUGAAGACUGAGCCAAGUAGUCCUGCCAAUGAGCUCAACACAGAGUUAGAGGACCCCCAGGACCCUUUGUAUACUUUGCCAGUGUCAGAGCGGCGGCGUGCCAAAGGUGCAAAUAAGCGAAAGGCGACCAACAGCACCCAGUCUAACCAGCAUGAAGACCCAGACAUCCAGGAGGGCAGCACAAUAAAGGCGGAGAAGGCUGAUGAGCUUUACGCCAAUCUUCCACCAAUUGUGGGUGUUGUUGCAAACUUCAAUGACAAUGAAUCCAAUGCCACAAUGCGCUUCAAAUGCCCUUUCUGUACACACACGGUGAAAAGGAAGGCAGACCUAAAGCGUCAUUUGCGCUGUCACACUGGCGAGAGACCGUAUCCGUGUCAGGCCUGCACGAAGCGAUUUACUCGCCUGGAACAUCUCCGCAGCCACUUUGAGACGAUUCAUCAAGCCAGGAAGCUGGUGUGCAGGAGGUGUAAGUGUCCGGUGACGGAAGACUCUGGCCAAGUGGUGUGUGAGGGCACAAGGCGUUACCGUAUGUGCCCUCUGUGCGUCCAUGAAGUGGGCCGCGAUACUAUGCCCAUGGAAAGUCUAGAGGGAAGCAAUGAGGAGCCGGCUCUCUUAUUGGGUGUGGACGGCGAGGAGGAGCAGAGUAAUCGGGCCUGGAUGGCAACCGAUGACGACGACUUGGCCGAAGACUCCGGGGCUGACCUGAUCAUUCAACAAGUGGAUGAUAGUGAUGAGGAGCUGCAGUGAAAUUGGACCAAAGUGUGUGUGUGCGUGUGUGAUGUGUGCAUGUCUGUGUGCGUGCACGUGCGCAUGUGUAAAUAUUGGCUGCGGGUGAACAUGUUAAAGUCAUGCCUGAGAAUGUAGGCUACCAAGGUGUGAUCCAGUUAGCAAUGAGACAAGAUUUCCCCAAAAUAGCAAUCUGUCAGAAUUCACUUCGACCCGAGUGCAAUGUGGUAAGAAUUGUGAAAAUUGCAUGGAGGGUUCCAGAAAAAUUGAGCUUUUGUGUGGUGUGUGUGCGUGUGCGCGUGUGUGCGCGC